AUGAAGACCAUCUCAAUCAUCAUUUUCUUUGCCCUACUCUUCUUUGCCAAGGCGCAGGAAGCAUCUUCCGGAGGCCUGCGUGGCAACAGCUUCAAUGUAGACUCAUCAACAACUGUCGCUUCAGCUACAGACAUAACAGUCGCUGAAAACACAGUCAACACUGACAAAGCAAAAGCUGAGAAAGGAGAGAACCGAUCAGUCCUCAUCACAAUCCAAUAUGAUAGCAAGUUUCAAGUUGAGACGCACGAAUUCGAAUUGAUUGAAAAUAGAGCGGAUGGCUGGAACACGAGAAUGCGGGGGCAUUUCCCUUGGUCGGGAUUUGUUGCACGAAAAUGCAAUAAUCUGCACUCAGGAGGGAGGUACACAUUUCUUAUGAAGCCACAAGUCCCAGAAUCCACUCGCAUGGAAUCAGGCAACGUCAAGGUUCAGAUUUUGGAUAUCACUGAAGUGCAGCACCUCCAAGGCGUUGAGAGCUUGAUCCAACAAGGAACGAUUGUAUACUCCUUUGAGGAGUCGGUGCCGCGCUUAGUCGAAGCAGCAGACGAGAUCGUCUUUGAUUUCUCCUUGUAA